AUGCCUCCUAGAAAGAAACCCAAUCCAUCUUCCACCUCCGCCUCUCGCAAAUCGAGCCCGAAAGCUCAGCCUCCUCCUUCCAAGUUCACCAUCCAACACUUCUUCGAGCGCCACUCCCAGAACUCCCAAAACCCCCAAAACCCCACCUCUUCCACUCCCCCAAACCCUAAACCCCCAGUCGCCACCGCCAUUGCUCCCCCGAAACCGAUCCAAAACCCGACGCCGGUUGAAGCAUCUAAUACGGUUGCAGCUUCUGGAGACCCUGAGAAUCGGCUCGAUUCGCAGCAGCCGAGUAACAACAACAGCACGAACGAGACACCAUCGGAGGAUGUGGUGGCGGUGAGGUUCAUGGAUGUUGAGCCGAAUGUGGAUGAGGAGGCCUCGCCGGAGAUUUCGAAGUCCAAGCCUAUCAAGCGGUUCAAAUUCUCUCCUGGAAUGUUGAUAAAGCAGAGUCAGGAUGAUGGAGGUGAUGAGGUGACGUGGAGGACGUCUCCGGUUAAUGAAAGACUUAAAGCAGUUUCGAAGCUCAAGCCUGAGAUGAUGAGAGUGUUGGCAGACACUUCAAGGCUGAAAGCUUUAAGCAUUAGCCGAUGCUCACAAAACAAGGCGCCUGCUGUUAAAGCUGGACAGGUCGAGAAUUCCGUGUCGUUGGUGUCCCUGAAUAGGGUUGGCGUUAAAAGGGUCAAACCGGAUCAGGAUGUGGAACAUAAUGGAAAUGUAGCCAAUGGGACUGUUUCUGAAAUAGCUGGUAGUCAGAGUCCUUUCCGAACUCCACCUUCUCUAUCUUACUGCCAUGAUAAGCUUGCUAAUGCUCUUUCAUGUGAUGGAGUUUCUGAUCAGCCAGGGUCGAGGCAGCAUAAAAAGGCAUUGCUUGAACUCUUAGAUCAAGUAGAAGAUGUCAUUGGUGUUGAAGAUUCAGUAUCUAAUGAUGUGGUGGCAUCUCAAUUCCAAGUUAAAGAUAAAUCAGAGCAUGUUGUCAAAAGAGUGGUGACAUCUCCAAUCGAUCAGGUUACCCGGGCAUCUUCCAAUUACAAUUUCCUUGUAUUGGAGGUAUCUGUGGAUUGUGGACCUGAUGACUCGUCUGGUGCCCAGUGCAUGCGUAAGGUUCUUCGCUUAUUGAAUGAGCAAAGUGGAGAAGAGUGUGCUGUGUAUUUGAAGGAAGAGUGGUUUUACAGUGUCAUUGCGCCUGGAGAUACUGUCAAUGUUAUUGGUGAAUUUGAUGUCAAGGGAAAGUGUUAUGUGGAUCGUCACCAUAACUUUUUAAUUGUUCACCCUGAUGUAUUAGUGUCUGGAACUCGGGUUGCAGCAAAUUUCAUUUGUCCUAGGCGAACUGUACUGGAUGAGAGGCUAAAAGGCAAUGAGUAUUCAACUCCAGCACUAAUUGGCACAAUAUUGCAUCAGGUUUUUGAGGCUGCACUUAUGAAGGAGAAACCCACAGUUACUUUCUUGGAGGAACAUGCAAGAAUGGGGCUCCAAAGAAACAUUGAGAACUUGUAUGCAUGUGGAGUUCAUGAAAACGAUGUAUACAGAACCUUGGUUGAUGCUGUCCCAAAAAUAUUAAAUUGGGUUAACAUCUUCAAGAACACCCAGGAUUCUGAAGCUUCAUUUGUUGAUUUUGGAUCUGAGUAUGGGGUGAAAAAAGUCACAAUAUCUGAGGUAAUUGAUAUUGAGGAGAUGGCAUGGGCUCCAAAAUAUGGUCUAAAAGGUAUGAUCGAUGCUUCUGUCAGGGUGAAAGUUGAAGCUAACAAAAGUGAAUCCGACAUGAAGGUUAUGCCUUUGGAGUUCAAAACUGGGAAAGUUCCGAAGGACCAGGAGCAUAGUGCCCAAGUAAUCUUAUACACUCUUCUUAUGUCUGAGAGGUACAAGAAGCCUGUUGAUACUGGUCUUCUAUGUUACCUUCAGUCUGAUCAGACACAGGGAGUUGCGGUUAGAAGACCUGACCUAGUUGGGCUAAUCAUGCAACGUAAUCAGCUUGCAAAUGAUAUUGUCAAGGCCUCAAGAAUGCAAGUCCUUCCCCCAAUGUUACGGAAUCCAAGCUUUUGCAGAAGUUGUCGCCAUCUGAAUGUGUGUACCAUCUAUCACAAGGCACAUGGAGGCAACACAGAUGGCAGCGGAUUGGGGGAUUUAUUUGAUUCAGUUACUCACCAGCUAACAAAUGCUCAUGGUGCUUUCCUAAGGCUUUGGGACUGGUUGAUUGAUUUAGAAGCUAAAGAGAUGGAGCUUGUAAAGAAAGAAAUGUGGCAGCCACAUGCUUUGAAGAGCAAUCAUUCCACAAGUUGCCUAUCUUCUUUGGUUCUUGAUAAUGAACUUCCGUAUUUAAGGUCUGGAAAUGAUAACAAAUUCGUUUACCAGUUUCUGCGUACUGGUUUGUCUUCUGACAAUGUGAGGACAUCCAAUGGAGAAUUUCGGAAUGCUGCUUCUUCAUCAUCAAAAUAUGCAGAUUGCACACUAAGAAGUGGUGACCAUGUGAUACUGAGCAGUGAAUCUGGUCAUCUAGCUCUUGCAAGGGGGGUCAUAUCAGAUAUAAGUCACUCCCAUGUUUCUGUUUCUUUUUCCAAGAAGUUACGGCUUCCUGGGAGCAAUCGUUUUCCAGAGGCAAGUGAUCUCCAUCAGGAGGUCUGGCGGAUUGACAAAGAUGAAUUUAUGACAUCAUUUUCCACGAUGAGGUUCAACCUUCUUCAACUUUUUCUUCUGAGUGCCCAAUCUGUUCAUCUGCGAAAAAUGAUUGUUGACCUAGAGGCUCCUAGGUUUGACAGUGGAUGUAUUACAUUCAGCCAGGAUCCAGCAAUAUCAUAUGUCUGGUCCCAGAGAAAUUUAAAUGAUGAUCAGCGUCGAGCCAUUCUAAAGAUACUUACAGCGAAGGACUAUGCUCUUAUACUUGGAAUGCCUGGAACAGGCAAGACAUCCACUAUGGUGCAUGCUGUUAAAGCCCUGUUGAUGAGAGGCGCAUCAAUUUUGCUUACCUCCUACACAAAUUCUGCUGUUGAUAAUCUACUUAUCAAACUAAAAGCUCAGAAUAUUGACUUUGUACGCAUUGGAAGACCGGAAGUUGUGCAUGAAAAAGUUCGAGGGCAUUGCAUUGCUGAAAUGAACAUACAAAGUGUGGAAGACGUUAAGUCAAGAUUGGAUCAAGUCAAGGUGGUUGCUGUUACAUGCUUGGGGAUCACUAGUCCCUUGCUUGCCAACAAGAGAUUUGAUGUAUGCAUCAUGGAUGAAGCUGGACAGACCACCCUUCCAGUAUCUCUCGGACCUUUGAUGUUUGCUUCGUUAUUUGUCCUGGUUGGUGAUCAUUAUCAAUUACCUCCUCUGGUGAAGAGUACAGAGGCCCGAGAAAAUGGAAUGGGGGUAAGCUUGUUCUGCAGGCUCUCAGAAGCGCAUCCUCAGGCAAUUUCAGCAUUGCAAAGCCAGUACCGCAUGUGUCAAGGCAUUAUGGAACUAUCAAAUGCCUUGAUAUAUGGUGACAGAUUGCGUUGUGGAUCUCCUGAAAUAGCCAAUGCCAAACUCAACUUUUCAAGUUGGAAGUUUCAUUCACUGUGGAUAAAGGAGGUUUUAAAUCCAAGCAAACCGGUUAUAUUUAUUAAUACAGAUGCUUUACCUGCUUUCGAGGCAAAGGACCAUAAGAUUGUGAAUAACCCAAUGGAAGCUCACAUAGUUGUAGAGGUCGUGGAGGAAUUAGUUAACAGUGGAAUUGAAGGGAAUGAUAUUGGCAUCAUCACCCCAUAUAACUCCCAGGCAGAGAUCAUUCGGCUUGCCAUCAACCUUUCUUCCGUGGAGAUACAUACCAUUGACAAAUACCAGGGUAGAGAUAAAGAUUGCAUACUAGUUUCCUUUGUUAGGUCAACUGAAAAUCCACGAAAUUGCUCAUCCUCUCUGCUCGGAGACUGGCAUAGGAUUAAUGUGGCUCUAACUCGUGCCAAGAAAAAGUUGAUAAUGGUUGGGUCACGCGAAACACUAUCCAAAGUUCUGCUGAUGAAGCUUCUUAUUGAGAAAGUUGAUGAACAAUCAGGCAUCUUAAACAUGUCCAAGAAAGACAUUAACUUUAAGACAGAACUCAAGAGAUGCUCUCAGGUCAGAUAGUUGUAAAUUUGGUUGAUUUGUUGAUGUCUUGUUGAAGCAUAAGUUCCUCUUCAGCUUCUGUAUGUACAUACGUAGAUCACUGUUGUA